AGACGACCUCGUCCACCUUUCACUUUCCUCUCAUCUUCAAGGUGUCGUAUCAUGGCAUCCACAAUCGGAGUUCCCAUCAAGCUUCUCCAUGAGUCACUUGGUCAUGUCAUCACCGUUGAAUUAAAAACUGGCCAGACAUACCGUGGGAAGUUGGCAGAUGCGGAGGACUCGCUCAACAUAUCAUUAAGGGACAUCACUGUCACCGGGCGUGAUGGCCGUGUAUCGCAACUCGACUCCGUCUACAUCAGGGGAAGCAUGGUCAGAUUCUUCAUUGUGCCGGAUAUGCUGCAGAAUGCUCCUAUGUUCAAGCGGGUUGGCCCGAACGCCAUGAAAGGUCGUGGUAUCGGUACGGCGCGUGGUCGUGCGACCAUCAUGCGGGCAAAUGCACGUCGUGGACGUGGAGCACCACAGCCUGCCCGCGGUAUACGUCGCUGAUCAUUCUGUGGUUUACGUUGCAUGUCGUGUUACUGAGCUACCGGAGAAGCCGUGCCGGAGCAUUGGGGACAGGCCGUGUUUAGCGCACACACUUUUUCUGCACUGUAUUAUUCCUCCUGUCCAAUACGCAUGAAUUGCAUAGGCAUUGUACUAUGCUCA